AUGGGUGUCGUACUAGAAGUCAAAGACGGCAAAGUGUCCCCGACACGAGCCCUCAUCAGCACAACCACCACUCUGCUCGCCAGUUACUGGCUCUACAUCCUCCUAUCCACCAUCAUCAUCCGCGCCGCCUACAACCGCUACGCCUCACCACUUCGCAAAUACCCCGGCCCGUGCCUUGCCUCCUGUUCACGCCUUUGGAAAGUCCUCUCCACAGCCCGCGGCCGAACCCACCUCGAUCACAUCGCCCUUCAUCGCAAGUACGGCCCCGUCGUGCGGAUCGCCCCAAACGAGGUCUCGGUAGCAUCGCCCGAAGCAGCCAGAACACUGCUAAGCGCCGGCAAGCGUUUCUUCAAGACGUCCUUUUACGGCGUCUUCCCGCCGCCUGAAAACCCUGACAUCUUCACCGAGACGCGCGAAGAUGUCCACGCUACCAAAAAGAGAGUCGCCAACGUGCCUUACAGCAUGGCGGCCAUGCAACAGCUGAGUCCCUUUAUCGACGACACCAUCGAGCUGCUGGCGCGCAAGAUCGACGAACAUAUUUCCCUUCACAAGAAUGGGGUGUUUGAUUUGGGGGAUUACCUCCACUACUUUGCCUUUGACGUGCUUGGCGAAGUAGCCUUCAGCCGAAGCUUUGGGUUUCUCGAACAGGGUCGGGACGUGGAUAACGCGAUCAAGACGAUCGACAAGUCCCAGACGUAUAACGGGAUUGUGGGGCAGGUCCCCGAAGUGGAUUACUUGUUGAGAAGGAAUCCGCUGUGGCAGUUCGUUCCGUGGUUGAGCACCAAGAAUGCGCUGAUCACAAGGAUGGCGCUCGAGGAGAUGGGGAGGAGACAGCCUUUCAACAAAGACACGGCGGUUUUAAAGAGUGGAAGUGGUGAUUGUGAUGGGAGGCAGGACUUGAUGGCUAGUUUGAUACUGGGGCACCUGAAAACCCCGGAAAAGUUUGGCGUGGGGGAUGUUUUUGCUGUUGCGCAUGGUGCUAUCUUCGCCGGCUCCGACUCCACCGCCUCAACAAUGCAAUCCUUCUUCUACCACGUCCUCUCAUCGCCCUCCACCUACCGAUCUAUCCUUUCCGAGGUUCAGACCGCCGUUUCUUCGGGUAUCAUCCCCGCCACGGGUAACCUUACCUGGAACCAAGCCCAGAACUUGUCUUACCUGCAAGCCUGUCUCAAAGAAGCCAUGCGCGUCCGUCCCGCUGUCGGACUGAACAUCACAAGGCUUGUACCACCAGAAGGCGCAGAGCUGGAUGGUCAUUUCUUCCCCGGAGGCACGAGCAUUGCUGCCAACGGAUGGGUGUUGCAUCGUGAUAAGACGACGUUUGGGCAGGAUGCGGAUGAGUGGAGGCCCGAGAGGUGGCUGGAGAACGAAGAAGAGGCGAGGAGGAUGGAGAGGUAUAUGUUUCAGUUCGGUGGCGGAAGUCAUCUUUGCAUUGGAAGGAACUUGGCGUUGUUGGAGAUCAAUAAGGUUGUGCCGAGACUGUUGAGGGAUUAUAGGUUUGAGCUGGCGCAUCCUGGGAGGGACUUGAAGGCUAAUGCGUCGUUCUUUGUGGUGCAGAGUGGGUUGGAGGUUUUUGUGCGUAGGGCGUGA